UUUAACUUAAUUCAACAUGUUUAGUGUGUAACUAGCCAUGAAUCAAACAGGUUCAAAAUGUUUUUUUAUCUUCUGUUUACAAUUUUUCUCUGUACAUGGGAAGCAGCCAAAUAUAAUCUUUAUGUUAACGGAUGAUAUGGGGUCUGCUGAUGUCAAGUUUAGAAACCCUGACUCCCCAUUUGUCACAGACAACAUUGAUGCAUUAGCAUCAGACUCGGUAAGAUUAUUUAACUACUAUGUGCAUCCUACAUGUACACCUACCAGAGCUGCACUAAUGACUGGACGCUAUGCUGCUAAUGUAGGUCUCCACCUUGCCCUCAUACCUGGUAAUCCUGCUGGACUUGAUCCAAAGUACCCCACCAUGGCUGAACACCUAGAAUCAGAAGGAUAUGAAACUUAUCUAGUUGGAAAAUGGCACCUGGGAAACAGUAUGAAAAAGUAUCAUCCUAGAAAUAGAGGAUUUAAACACUUCUACGGACUGCUAGGUGGGGGAUUCAACCACUACACAAAACAAUGUGGAGCUGGAAGAUAUGACUUUUGGAGAGAUUUUGAAGCUGAAUUUGACAAUGUCACACAUUCAACAGAUUUAUUAAAUGCAGAAGCACUUCGUGUGGUAACUAAACACGUGGAAGACAAAUCCAGCAGUCCGUUCUUCCUCUUCCUUUCCCACCCUGCACCUCAUGAUCCACUCCAGGCUCCUCUAAGGUUUCAAGAUAAAUGCAAGCAUAUACCCAACAGGAGAAGAAUGAUGAGCUGUGCAAUGGUUGCGGGGAUCGAUGAAGGAUUUGGCAAGAUUAUUGAUGUAUUGAGGGAGAAUGGUGAGCUUGAUAAUACUAUUAUAGCAUUUUCUACGGACAAUGGAGGUGUUCCUUAUGCUGGAGCGUUGAACUACCCACUCAAAGGUGGUAAAUCUACAAUGUGGGAGGGUGGAGUAAGAGCUCCUGGUUUCAUUUAUUCUCCAAAGCAGCUAGGAGAAGGUUAUGAUUUUCAGGGAUUGUUUCAUGUUACUGACUUCUUUCCAACCUUUAUGGCGAUGAUAAAUUCUACAAAGAAAAUAGAAAAAAGCUCUGAGCUUGAUGGCCUAAAUCAGCUCAAGUCUUUAGCUAAUCGAGAGAAAACAGGAGUUCGUGAAUCAGUUCAUAUUCACAGAGAUAUUGAUAGAGAUGGUCAGGCAUUCAGAAAAGGACCUUGGAAAAUAAUAGUAGGACAUCAUUACUUGCCUUUAAUUUUUGAUAGAAUUUACAAUGAAACCAAGUCAGGUUGGUUGGUUGAAGGUGGGCAUUGGAGGGAUAAACUAUCUGAAAUUAUUACUCGUGCCAUGGAUUUCAUCUCACCCACACACAACACCAUCUUUAUGCAGUAUAUUCUCUGGCUUUUCAUAGAUUCUCAGAACAUUGGUGGGGUAAAAAAUAUAUUUACAACACGAUCUGAUGAGGGCCUUAUGCAGAAACCUUUCCCUUCUGAUCUAGAAUUCUGGAUCAAGAAACACACAUCAGAAUAUCCAACUGUUGGUCUGUAUAACUUAGAGGAAGAUCCCAGGGAACUAACUAACUUGGCUUUUAAACAUCCCGAACUAGUUAGGUCAUUGUUAGAAGAGGCUGAGGAGCAAAUAAAGAACCAGCCCAGCAUGUUUAGGGGAGAUAUGCUGUAUCAAAAAGCUCCUGUUGGUCCUCAAUUUGGAUCUAUUGCUAAACUGAGGCAUUAUGGAUCUGACCACUCAGAAGUUAUUCCAUUUGGACCUUUCCUGGAGGAUAACUUUAACUUGGAAGAGGCGGAUACUCAGGACUUUGUUAGAUUGUUUAAUCAACAAGGACCAGAAAUCAUAUCUAUGAUGAUACAAUUCUCUAUUGUGUAUUUAGUAUUACCAAUUUACCUAAUGAAAUUUGUAAUUAAUCGCAUGUUUUAAAAUAAAUAAUUUUGUGUUAAGCUUA